AUGGAUCCACAGGACAAAGAACUCUUCAUUAAAACAAAUACCAUCACAUGGCAUAGUUCAUUUAACCAGGUACAACCACUUUCUCUCUGCAAUGAGAACUGCUAUCAGGGUUACCACAGAAGAAAAAAAGAGGGGAAGCCAUUUUGCUGCUAUGAUUGUGUCCCUUGUGCAGAUGGAAAAAUUUCAGAUCAGAUGGACACAGAUGAUUGUUUCCAAUGCCCAGAAGGUCACUAUUCAAACAAAAACAAAGAUCAAUGCCUUCCAAAAAGAAUUAACUUCCUCUCUUUCACUGAACCUUUGGGGAUCACAUUAAUCUUUUUGGCUGUGAUGUUAUCUGUAAUCACAGUUUGGGUCCUUUGGAUAUUCACAAUACAUCAGAACACUCCCAUUGUCAAAGCCAACAAUCGAGAUCUAACUUACUACCUACUUAUAUCUCUCCUGCUGUGUUUCAACUCCUCAUUCUUGUUCAUUGGCAAACCACAGACUCUGAUCUGCUAUUUGCGACAAACCACUUUUUCCAUCGUUUUUUCAGUAGCUAUUUCUUGCAUAUUGGCCAAAACUGUCACUGUGGUACUUGCUUUCAUGGCCACUAAGCCAGGAUCCAAAUUGAAAAAAUGGAUAGGAAAAAAACUGGCCAACUUCAUUCUUCUUGGCUGCUCCCUGAUUCAAGUUGGGAUUUGUGUUGUAUGGUUAUGGAUAUUUCCUCCUUUCCUAAAUUUUGACUUCCAUGCUCUGGCUGAAGAAAUUGUGGUGGAAUGCAAGGAAGGAUCAGAUGUCAUGUUUUAUUGUGUUCUAGGUUACUUGAGUUUUCUAGCCAUUAUUAGCUUCACUGUGGCAUAUUUUGCAAAGAAACUGCCUGACAUUUUCAAUGAAGCCAAAUUUAUCACCUUCAGCAUGUUGGUAUUUUGUAGUGUGUGGUUUUCUUUCAUUCCCUCUUACUUGAGCACCAAGGGAAAAUAUAUGGUGGCUGUGGAGGUCUUUUCCAUCUUGGCUUCUAGUACUGGAUUAUUGGGCUGUAUUUUUUUCCCUAAGUGCUAUAUAAUUCUGUUUCAGCCUAUAUUAAACAGCAAGGAUCUGCUCAUUAGAAAGAAAUAG